AUGCGAGAGGUGACUGCAGAAUCCCUCACUCCGCAACCAACGAAAUACAAAGAGUCCCUCAAAACUCUCGCAGAAAAUUCGACCAUCUGGUUCACCAUCAUCCUGAGGGAAACGAAUGAAUUUGUGGGGCAAUGCAGUAUCAAGGUGGCAGAGCCUGUAAAGAACCGGGAUGGAUUGUUCGGGAUAUCGAUGUUUCCAAAGUUUUGGGGAAAGGGAUGUGUGACGGAGGCGGCGUGGUUUACUGUAGACCACGCGUUUAAAGCGCUGGGUGUCCAACGCGUCUCUUUGAAUGUAUCGGAGGGAAACAAAGCUGCCAUAGCAGAAGAGGGUAGGAAGCGACGAGCAAAUUGGAUCGAUGGACAUUGGGAAGAUGGUUUAAGCACGGGUGUUUUAGACGAAGAGUGGGCUGAGAGGUAUUGGAAUCAAUGA